AUGCGAGGAGGAGGAGGGCCGGGCGUCGGCACGCCGGGGCGCCCGCCAUGGGGCUCGGGCGCCACGACGCCGCGGUCACUGAGCACGGGCUCCUCGCCGCGCGGCUCCGACCGGAGCUCCGACGACGGCGAGGAGCUGGUCGAGGUCACGCUGGACCUCCUCGAGGACGACAACAUUGUGCUGCGGAGCGUCGAGCCGGCGGCGGGCGCCGCCGCGGUGGCGGCUCCGCCUCGCCGCCACCCGGACCCGACCCCGUCGUCCACCGCGGCGCCGUCGCGGUCGCGCUCUCCCGCGAUGCGCCGGACCUCCUCGCACCGCCUGCUGCAGUUCUCGCAAGAGCUCAAGGCCACCGCCAGCCGCGCCAAGCAGUUCUCGCAGGACCUCACCAAGCGCUUCACGCGCACCCAGAGCCGCGCCAACCUCGCGGCGGCGGGGGAGGUGCCGUCCUCGGGCAUCGACGCCGCGCUCGAGGCCCGCGCACAGCGCCGCCGCCGCGCGCAGCUCGACCGCACCAAGUCCGGCGCGCAGCGCGCGAUCCGCGGACUCCGCUUCAUCAGCGGCGGCAACAAGGCCAGCAACGCCUGGAUCGAGGUCCAGGCCAACUUCGACCGCCUCGCGCGCGACGGCUACCUCUCCCGCGCCGACUUCCCCAAAUGCAUAGGGAUGAUGGAGUCGCAGGAGUUCGCGAUGGAGCUCUUCGACACGCUGAGCCGCCGCCGGCAGAUGCAGGUGGAUAAGAUCAAUAAGGAUGAGCUGCGCGAGAUCUGGCAGCAGAUCACCGACAACAGCUUCGACUCGCGCCUCCAGAUCUUCUUCGACAUGGUGGAUAAGAACGCAGAUGGCCAUAUCACGGAGGCCGAGGUGAAAGAGAUCAUUAUGCUGAGUGCUUCUGCUAAUAAAUUGUCGAGGCUUAAGGAGCAAGCUGAGGAGUAUGCAGCCUUGAUCAUGGAGGAAAUUGAUCCUGAAGGGCUUGGUUACAUUGAGCUUUGGCAACUGGAGACACUACUACUGCAAAAGGAUACCUAUGUGAACUACAGCCAGGCCUUGAGCUACACAAGCCAGGCACUAAGCCAGAACCUUGCUGGUCUAAGGAAAAGAAGUCCAAUCCGAAAAAUUAGCAGCACAUUGAACUACUAUCUGGAGGACAACUGGAAACGUCUCUGGGUGCUUGCAGUGUGGAUUGGAAUAAUGGCUGGGUUGUUCAUUUGGAAGUUCAUUCAGUACCGUAACCGUUAUGUCUUUGAUGUGAUGGGCUACUGUGUCACAACUGCGAAAGGUGCUGCAGAGACUCUCAAAUUGAACAUGGCACUUAUUCUCUUGCCUGUAUGCCGCAACACUAUCACCUGGCUGCGGAAUACGAAAGCUGCACGAGCAUUGCCGUUCGAUGACAACAUAAACUUCCACAAGACUAUUGCAGCAGCAAUUGUGGUUGGUGUUGUUCUUCAUGCAGGGAACCACCUUGUAUGUGAUUUUCCACGGCUCAUACGUUCAUCAGAGAUGAAGUAUGCUCCGCUGCGCAAAUACUUUGGGGAAAAUAAACCAACAUAUCUAGCUCUGGUAAAAGGAGUGGAGGGCAUAACAGGGGUAAUCAUGGUUGUGUGCAUGCUUAUCGCUUUUACUCUAGCAACAAGGUGGUUCCGCCGUAGCCUGGUGAAGCUUCCAAGGCCAUUUGACAAACUAACUGGCUUCAAUGCAUUCUGGUACUCCCAUCAUUUGUUCAUCAUUGUGUACAUAGCACUUGUUAUUCAUGGAGAGUGUCUAUACCUUAUCCACGACUGGUACAAAAAGACGACAUGGAUGUACCUUGCUGUUCCUGUUGGUCUGUAUGUAGGGGAGAGGACUCUGAGGUUUUUCAGAUCGGGCAGUUAUUCUGUCCGGUUAUUGAAGGUGGCUAUAUAUCCUGGUAAUGUUUUGACAUUGCAGAUGUCUAAACCUCCCACAUUCCGUUACAAGAGUGGGCAGUAUAUGUUUGUUCAAUGCCCUGCAGUUUCACCUUUUGAAUGGCAUCCUUUCUCAAUUACUUCAGCACCUGGGGAUGACUAUUUAAGCAUUCAUGUUCGACAACUUGGUGACUGGACACGUGAGCUCAAGCGGGUAUUCUCAGCAGCUUGUGAGCCACCGGUGGGUGGGAAAAGUGGCCUUCUUCGAGCGGACGAGACAACUAAGAAAGCGUUACCAAAACUUUUGAUUGAUGGACCAUAUGGUUCUCCUGCACAAGACUACAGCAAGUAUGAUGUUUUACUACUUGUCGGAUUAGGAAUUGGUGCCACACCUUUUAUUAGCAUACUGAAAGACCUGCUCAAUAACAUCAUCAAAAUGGAGGAAGAGGAAGAAGCUUCAAGCGAUCUUUACCCACCAAUUGGUCGCAGCAAGGCACAUGUUGAUCUUGACACCCUUAUGAGGAUUACCUCAAAACCAAAGAGGGUACUGAAGACAACAAAUGCUUACUUUUAUUGGGUGACACGUGAACAAGGGUCUUUUGAUUGGUUUAAAGGGGUCAUGAAUGAAAUUGCUGAACUAGAUCAGAGGAAUAUCAUUGAGAUGCACAACUAUCUCACAAGUGUUUACGAGGAAGGGGAUGCCCGGUCAGCACUCAUUACGAUGCUACAAGCUCUCAACCAUGCCAAGAAUGGUGUUGAUAUAGUUUCUGGAACUAAAGUGCGGACACAUUUUGCAAGACCAAAUUUUAAGAAGGUCCUAUCUAAGAUAGCUACCAAACAUCCAUAUGCUAAGAUAGGAGUGUUCUACUGUGGGGCUCCAGUUCUGGCACAGGAACUAAGCAAACUUUGUUAUGAAUUCAAUGGCAAGUCUACAACAAAAUUCGAAUUCCACAAGGAACAUUUCUGA